CACUGGAAAGUGUAAACACGAUAAUAUGUGGGUUUUCCAAAUGAUCCAGCAAGCAUAGGACAUAAUAUUUAUUUAAUUGACGUUCUACCGUGUGGCGCGAGCAGAAAUAAUCGGGCGGUCGGCAACACUGUACACAGUUGCACCUUUCGGGAACAAUGGACUUGCAGUAGUGGUCUGACUAGGGAAGAGAGAAAGCCCUACCAAGUACCAGUUCCACCUCCGACCUCCAUAGAUAUCCGAUAUCCAUUAUUUUUAUUAUUGUUUGGUAUAUAUAGUAGGUUUUUUGCCCCUUUGUACCUACACAAUAUUACAACUCCUCUGACCGAUAACAAAGGACGGCUAAAAUAUUAAAUGGAUCCCAAGUGUUCGUGAUAAUCGUCGUGUGUCGUCUAGGGACGCUCCGAAACAGACAGCCAGCGGUCCGUCGCUCACCGCUCGUCGACGUCGUCAUCGCCGCCGCCACCGCCACCGCUGUCAUGAUUGUCGUCACAGGGUGAUCGGGGUCAAAAACCUCUUGUUCCAAGGGUUCAAGGUUGUUGUCGUUCCUGACCGAGAAAAGACUACGAUGCGUUAGCCUGCGUAGGCCCACUGCACAGUACACACACACACACACACACACACACACACACACUCUUUAGUAUUCAUUCACUCACAUCACACUCUCCCACGGUGCAUAGCACUGUGCUACACAUAAGAAAGUCGAAAGUUGGUGUGCAUCCUUUGUUGUGUUUCUGAAAGCUCGGUACGCACUACCCGUCCAAACUGGCGCAUCCCGUUUUGCCCAGACGUUCCGGCAACGUCCACCACGAUGGAGGUCGACCACUGAUUGACGAUAAUAUGCUGGCUUUAUGGCACGAGAAUGAUCGCUAUUCGUUUGAGGACUCUGACCGCUUUGAAGAGGAUUCCCUAUGUACAUGGAGCAGCGAACCUGAAUCUGCAUGCAUAAACUGGAGAGGAUGGAGAAAACCGACCGAACAGAACACUGAAGAUGAGCCUAAAAAAGGAGUUACAGCACUAGUUGAAUUAGCUGCUCAAUGUGUCGCCCUAUUUUUACCUUAUGAACUUGUUGAACAAGAGUUUCCACCUGUACCAGAAGAACUUCAACUUCGCAUUGCCUUUUGGAGCUUUCCCGAUAGCGAAGAUGAUAUUCGCUUGUAUUCGUGUCUGGCCAACUCAAACUCUGACGAAUUUUUACGUGGUCAGAAUUUGUACACAUCAAAUGCUGUUAAAGACUCUGUACAAAUUGGAUUUCAUUUGAGUGCUAAUGUUCAUCAUGGCGGCCGCAGCGUGUUCAAUGUGGCAAUUACAUUUGACCGAAAAAAAAUAACAACAUGUAAUUGUACUUGUGAACCUAUGUCAUAUUGGUGUUCUCAUGUUGUUGCCGUCUGUUUACAUAGAAUAUAUUGUUCGGAAGAAGUUUGUUUAAGAGCACCUGUUAGUGAGAGCCUUUCCAGACUAGAACGGGAUCAACUACAAAAAUUUGCACAAUAUCUGAUAAGUGAGUUACCUCAGCAGAUAUUACCUGCUGCACAACGAUUACUGGAUUCACUGUUGUCUUCACAACCAACUGCUAUUAAUUCUACUAGUGGAGCACCAGAUCCAACUGCAGGUGCAUCUGUAAAUGAACAAACAACAUGGUUUUUAGAUGAAAAAACAUUGCACAACAAUAUUAAAAAAAGUUUGAUCAAAUUUUGUGUUCCUUCACCUUUAGUUAUUAGUGACGUAAAUAUUCUAUCACAAUCUGUACCACCUGCUACUGCAGAAUGGGCAAAUCUAUUGCGUCCGUUACGUGGUCGUGAACCUGAGGGCUUAUGGAAUUUACUAUCGAUUGUAAGAGAAAUGUUUCGUAGAAAUGAUGAAAAUGCUCUACAUUUAUUGGAAGUGCUAACAGAAGAAGCUAUUGCAUGUGAUCAAAUUAUGGUUUGGUGGUUUAAUACAAGAGUUGCUUUACAUGGCGGAGGAACUGGAGGAACUAAGCAUACUGGUCCAGCUGGCAAUACCAACACUGCAUCUCAUGCUUGUGCUUUACUUUGUGACGAAAUGGUAACUCUGUGGCGUUUAGCAGCUUUAAAUCCAAGUAUUUCGCCUGAUCACAAAACUUCAUUAAAAAUUAAGUUUAAAGAUUGGCAAGAAAAAAUAUUCACAAGAGUGAUGAAACACAGAAAUUUGUCAAACACUAAAUCAAUAAAUAAUUUUCGCCAAGAUACAGAGAUUUUUGUGGGUUUCAAACCAGCUUGUGAAGCUUGCGACUUAGAUUGGGGAGAUUAUCCAUUAGCUGGAAUCACUUAUGGGACUAAUUGCUGUUGUGAUGAUGGUUCUUGUGUGCACAUUAAACGAACAGGAACAGUUACACAUUUUAUGGGAGACCAUGUGAACUGGAAUGAAUGUAGUUCAUCUGCAAGAGGAAAUUCUACUCAAAUAUGCUUAGAUGAAUGUUUCUUGGAUUUAAAAAAUAAUCGGCAUUUGCACUUUGGAAAUAGAACUCAUCGAUCUGAGUACCGUAGCAGAUCUAACAUGCCUAUGAUUCGCAAUCAUAUGCCAAAUAAUGAAAAUAGAGCAAUGACAAAUGUUUACUGGGUGCACAUGCCAAGAAAUAUAUCAUUACCUCCACCAGAUGAUGAAAACGCAAGCAGUAAUACUACUAGUCCCGAAGAAUUUUCAACCAAUGAGUCUUUAAGUGCAUCAGCGAGUUGUACAAACUUCAAUGCAUCUGCAAGUUCCUCAGCUAGUACCCAACCUAGUACUCCUCAUCAAGUCAAUAGUACAUGUAACACAUCAUCUGAAAGCCAGAGCAGUGAUGAAGGUGACCGAACAGCUGCACAAAAGUCUACUUCUUCCCAGACUACUCCUCCACCAGAUGUUGAUGAAUACAAUUUCCUUUACUAUUAUGACCCAAAACAUUUGGCAUCAACAUCGUCAGACUCAGUAAAAAAAACAUCUGAUGAUCCAAUACCAUCUACAUCCAAAACGUCUGCUGCACCUAUUACUCCAUUGGUAAAAUUAGAUGCAGAGUGGGAAACAAUGUUUGCAAGAGCAGAAGGAUUGUAUGGUUAUGGUCAUACAAAUGAAGCUUGUAUACUUUGUGUAAAACUUGUUGACCAGUUUUUAAAAAAUCCACCUAAUUUUAUAAUUGAAAUACCACCAUCAAUGAUAAAAGGAAAAAGAAAAAAAAUUAAUCCAGUCAGCCAUCAUUUGUCUACAUUAGCAUCAGAAAUUCUACAAAAAUGCUAUUUUUUGUGUUCUGUUUUGGCCGAAAGAAAAGAAUAUUAUUUACAAGCAUUUAAAAUUGGUUUAUAUGGAUUGGAGAUGCCAAGACUACCAGCUAGUACAAAGCCUUUAGAAGUAAAAAUGGCUCAUCAAGAAGGGGAAAUUUUAAAUCAUUUAAAACGCAUGUUGCCAUUAGGUAAGGAACAAGUGAGCAUUCUCCAAAAUAGAGCAAAACUUUUGCGUGAAGGACAAUACAAAACACGUGGUGAAUCAUUAUUGCCAUUAAAUCUGGCUUCAUUAAUCUUUGAAUGCUUGGCAAUGUGUCAGUCGCCUAUGCAAGAUAAAAUUGCUGAUGAAACUUUAGGUUUUGAAGCAUCUGUAGCCGCUUUAGGCAUGAAAGCCAACAUUAGUGAAGCGGAUCAUCCAUUGCUCUGUGAAGGAAUUCGCAGACAAAGAGGUGAAUUGGCAACAAACAUAUUAAUCCGUUACAAAAAUAAUCCUACACGUUUGGCUCUUGCUAUGGACAAACUAUUAGAUAGAGAAGUUCAUCCUUUCUUACAGUCGGCAAUGGACGCUUGUUGGUAUCAAAUAAGAGAUCCUAGGAAUUUACCAUUAAUAGCUAUGAAGAAUGUUGCAAACAGUAAUAUUCAUAAUCAACCAUUACAAUGUUAUAAUCCAAAUGUAACCAGUGUACCUGGAGAGUUAGACACAAACAUAGCUGUUAUGACGUUAAAUCCAAUACCACCUCAAACGUCUAGUAGUUGUAAUAUAGGAUUGUCCUCUCAUAGAAAAGAUAAUAACAGAUAUAAAAGUAGUAAACGUUUAUAUCCCAGUCAACCAAACCAAGCUUCCGAAGCUAAUGCUCACCAUUUAUUUGAAUUGGGUAAAACCAUUCUGAGCAAAGUAGGCGGACCAAUACAAACUACAGUAUUUUCACAACCUCCAUUACCGACCCAACCACAUCGCGCUCUACACAUGUGUGCAUUCCAAUUGGCCUUGUAUUCUUUGGGUCUUCUCAACCGUGUUACACCAAACUGGCGAAGUCGUAAUUAUUCAUCUCAAGUCACAUGGAUUGCUGAUCAUGCAAUGGAAGUAGGUGCACCAGCUACACUGUUCUUACUAGGUACAUGGGAUGGUCAUUUGACUCCAACCGAAAUAGCAAAUAUUGCUGAUAGAAUGUCUAGAAGCCAUGAACGUAAUACUGUUGAGGCAGCAGCACAAUUAGCAUUGUCGUGUUUAAAACAUUCAGUUGCUCUCAAUCCAAACGAAAUAACAAGAGCUAUAGUACAGUGUAAAGAACAAUCUGAUCACAUGAUGGAAAUUGCUUGUCUGACUGUAGAAAUGGCAGCCAAAGGUGGAGGAGUUUUUCCUGAAGUUUUAUUUAGUGUAGCUAAACACUGGUUUGACUUAUAUAUGAGGAAUUCUAAUCCGGAUGAGGAUAAUUACAUGCUUCAAGUUGAUCCCAGAGAGGAAUUCAAAUGCCCUUAUGUUUAUCAAACCAACUAUUCAAUGUCAGUUGAUACAUCUCAACAACCACCACCUCCUCUUUAUGCCCAUCAGUUGAUGGUGCCACCACAAACAUCACCAGCUCAUCUGUACCAACUAUCAUACUUUCCUAACCAAUCAAUGCCUCAAAAUUCACCACCACUCAAUACCCAACAGCCCAAUACAGUAAUGUACUAUCCAUAUCCAUCUGCACCUACGUCAAAUCAAUAUUCUCAGUACUAUUCUCCAUAUAUACAAAAUCCUGUACAAUAUCAGAAUGCAAAUCCUCAAAGUCAACCACAGCAAGGACCCCCACAAUAUUUUGUUCAGCCAAUCAAUCAAAAUAGUAAUCAAAUUAGAAGUCCACCGCAACAAGCACAAGCAAACCAUUGUCCACCGCCAAAUUACAGACAAAUUCAUCAUUUGACGUCUGCAUACCGUGUUGGGCUAUUGGCUCUAGAUACGUUGGCUAGACGUGUUCAUGAACCUAAUCAGGCAAAGUAUUCUAGAAAUCCACCUUUCAGGGAAGACAUACAGUGGUUAUUGCGUUUGUCGAAAAAACUAGGACCUAAUUACACUCAACAGUUUUGUUUGGCUGUCACUAACAGCGUAGUGAAUCCUUUCACACUACACGAUGUAGCAAUGGAGGCUGUUAUGUACAUGGGACAUUUUAAUCCUAAUCCUACUAUGUGCCCCACCUUAAGUCCCUUGGUUGAAAAAUGUCAUUCUAUGUAUAUUCAACUUUUACAUCAAAAAUUAUAUCAGUUAUCAUCAGCAGAUUACGAAGAGUAUGUCGGAAUACUUUACUCUGCUUACGGUGCAUUUGCAAUGACACCAGAAGGUGGUAACAUGUUCAAGGACUGGUUACAAUCUGUUAGAAGAUCUAAAUCAUGUAAAAAAGAACUAUGGACAAUGAUAACAAAUAUGCUUCCCACUACAUGACAUUGGUGUUCUGAAGUAGUUAUAUUCUCCGAGGGCCACGUUUCGCCCUAAACAACGAUAACAUAGCGAUUUUAGAUUUUUAUUUUUCUUAUUUUACUAUUUUUAAACAAUUAUACACAGUUUAAACAAAAUGAAAAUCUCCAAUGAUUUUCUAUAUUCGUACUGUGUUGACCUAAACCUAUGAUAUAACAAAUUUUUCAAAUGUGUUAGUUAAUUUUUUUAAUUCUUUUUUUUUUUUGUUCACCUAGCUAAUUUUUGUGAAUUAUAUUUAUAUAUUAUCAUUAAUAUUGCGUUUACUCACAUUUGUCUUUUUCUUACAUUUUUUCUUUUCUUUUUAAUUAUUUUUAAUAUUAUUAUGUUGAUUUUAAUUUCUUAUUUUUUAUUUAACUGUGCGCGCAUUAAGUCCGAUACACUGUAUAAGCAUAAGCUGAAUAUUAUAAUAAGACUGUUUUUUUAUGUACUCAACACGUUCAAGUAUUAUUAACAUCAUAGACUAGCUUAUGUUUAAGGCUUAAAUUAAUUUAAAAAAAAAAAAACAAAGACUUACUUAGGUAAUUUUAUUUGCAAAGAAAAGUUUUUGUUUGUCUUUCAUUCCUCCCCUGUUCAGGACUACUUACAUAAACAAUAUAUGAGAUCUCUAGGCUAUUUACACGACUGAUGGCAACACAAACGUAGCUAAUUUUGUAAUAUAUUUUUUGUGUUACCAUCACCCUCGUUAAUUUUGUCAAAAAACAUUCACUCUUGAUCUAUUCAAUCAAUUUUUUAGUACUAGUGCAUUAUAUUAAAAUAAACAAUUAUACUUAUUAUUUUAGUACAUAUAUAUAUAUAUACAUACAUUAUUUAUAAAAAUAUAUAUCCUCUUUUGCGGUUUUUGUCAAUUUAUUAUAGACAUUAAUAGAUAUUGUGUGUAACUUUAAAUUAAAAUGCUGGAAUUAAAUAUUUUAGAUAAAAUAUAUGAACAAAUAUGAUUUUUACAUAAUUUGGUUUAACAAAAUUUGUAUUUUUGUGCUUAUUAUUAGGAUAAAAAUAUUAAAAAAUGUAGGUGACAUGGUUUUAAUAAUCAAAUUUAGAGCCAUGGUUUAUUGUAUUAGUUGUAUAAAGUAAAGUAUGAUGUUUGCUCUCAAUAUUUAUUACUAAUAGGUAAUAUUUUAUCGUUUUGAUUACGCUUUCAAUUAUUUGAUUUUGUAACUUCUUUUAUUUGAGUUGUAAUUAGAAUAUAAGCAACAUCCGACCGCUCACUCACCUGUGCUCACCUUAGUACUUAACUAAUUACAAAAUUUAUAAACUAAUGAAUUAUAGAGGGUAUUAUGAAUAAAGUAUAUUAUAUUUCUUCAAAAAUAAAUUAUGAUUCCCACCAUGCAGUGUAAUUGAAUUUAAAAUGUUAAAACAAAAUAAAAAAAAACAUAUUUAUAUAUAUAUAUAUACAUUAAACUAAACUUCCCAUAAUAUUUUUAAGAAUUAAUUGUAAACAAUAUAUUAUUAUAAUAUAUAUAAAAUCAUUAGUUAUUGAAUGUAUUAUUUUAUAAGAACAAUCAAUUUUAAUUUUGUCUUUAUUUUGUGAUUUGUGGAACUAUAAUAUCUAACUCGUAAUAUUACAUUAUGUGUUAAUUAUAUAUUUUUGAUUCAUAUAUAUAUUAUUUAGUAUAUUGUAUAUAUAUAUGAAUAUUUAAACAAAAUAAUAAAUAUAAAUUUAUAUAUUAGCCUUUAAUUAUAAUAUAGGCAAAAGUAAUAUUUAAUAUUGUUUUUUAUUAUUAUUUAUUUUUAACUUCAUUGUUUAAUUUGUGAAUUAGGUGGUUUAUGUCUUAUACAUUUGACACUGUCUGUCUUAGCAAACAGAUAUUAUAAGUACCAGUGGCGAAUGCUGACUCUGAUGUAUGGGCAUGCUUAUUUAUCAUAAUGUAUUAUAGUUUUAUUUAAAUUAUAAUUAAUAAAUAAUACACAAAUUUGUAUUAAUUUAUAAAUAAGACUUUAACUUAAUAUAUAUUAUAUACAAUAGCACUUACUUAAAUAAUACUUUAAUAAUUGUAAUUGAGACUUGAUUAACUCUUUUAACUAAAAUAAAAAAAAUUGUCAUUUACUCGUGCAUGUAAAUUUUAUAAAUUACGUUGACGAAGCGCAACAGAAUGAGCAUGCCCCGGGUGAUUAAUUCGCGGCUGCUAGUAGAGGGGGUCUCGGAGUAACUGUUUUUUUUUUUACAGCAAUAACAAGGGUCGUACAGCUUGCGCACACAUCUAUCGCAUGCUCUGUCAUUAAAUGACAAAUGUUAGAAUAAAGAUAAACAAAGAUACCUAAGUAUGACAGAAAUAAAUGGAUUAAUGUAACACAUUUUAUUUCUUUUAAAAUACGUAAUAUAUUAUUGAUUAUAAAAUAA